CAUCACACUUGCUUAGAUUACAUCACCUUUUUUCUACUUACAAACCUCAAGACGGCUGAAAAUCACAUCACAGACAGUAGCCAACAUGAAGCUGCAAUCGUCCGUACUCCUCUGCUCUCUGCUUCUCAUCGGAACCCUAGCUCUCACCGAGGCUAAGAAAUCAAACAAGGAUUUGAAGGAAGUGACUCACAAGGUGUAUUUCGAUGUUGAGAUUGCUGGAAAACCUGCUGGAAGAAUUGUUUUCGGUCUCUUUGGAAAGACGGUUCCCAAAACAGCAGAAAACUUCCGAGCUUUGUGCACAGGGGAGAAAGGCACCGGAAAGAGCGGGAAACCGCUUCACUACAAGGGAAGCGCAUUUCACAGGAUUAUUCCGAGCUUCAUGAUUCAAGGCGGUGAUUUCACCCUUGGAGAUGGUAGAGGCGGUGAAUCGAUCUACGGAGAAAAAUUUAAUGACGAAAACUUCAAGAUCAAGCAUACCGCACCAGGACUAUUGUCAAUGGCAAAUGCUGGAAAAAACACCAAUGGCUCACAGUUCUUCAUCACAACAGUCACAACCAGCUGGUUGGAUGGUAAACAUGUUGUAUUUGGGAAAGUGUUGUCUGGGAUGGAUGUUGUUUACAAGAUGGAAGCUGAGGGGACACAAAGUGGAACACCAAAAACCAAAGUUACAAUUGUUGAUAGUGGUGAACUACCUCUAUAAUCAAUCUAUGUUUGAUGUUUUAGGCUUCAUCAGGGUUCUUUCUUUUUGUUUUGUUUGCGACACCGGUUUGAUGUUCGUGUUAUGUAUCAAGCAUAAGUUAUAACCAAACCUUUGAAUUUUUUUUUGUUUUAUAACUUAGUCACUCGUGAUCGAGUGUUAACACUA